UGCUUAUUCUAGGAUUCAAUGAUUACUGGACAGCUCUGCAAGCCUUUGCUAUCGCUCCGGACUGAAAUGAACGCGGAGUUCAGAGGUGAGGACAAAGCAGCCACUUCAGACAACGAGCUGAAUGAGUCUCUGCUUGCACCCGCUGAAUCAAAUGACAGUGAGGACACUCCCAACAAGCUCUUUGGAGCCAGAGGGAACACAGCACAGUCAGAGGCAAGCAGUAAUACUGUUGACCAUCAUCAGACCAGCCAAUCACACUCAGCCUUUCCCGUUGGGCCCCAGCCAUUAUUAGCUGCACAGCAGCUGGCCUCAGCUGUGGCAGGGGUGAUGCCUGGAGGGCCUCCAGGUCUUAAUCAGCCGAUCCUCAUUCCUUUCAACAUGGCUGGCCAGCUCGGAGGGCAGCAAGGCCUUGUUUUGACACUACCUACUGCCAACCUGACUAACAUUCAGAACCUCGUGGCAGCAGCAGCAGCAGGAGGCAUUAUGACGUUACCACUGCAAAACCUUCAAGCUACCUCAUCCCUGAAUUCACAGCUCCAGCACCUGCAGCAGCUACAACAACUACAGCAGCAGCAGCAGCAGCAGCAGCAACAGCAACAACAGCAACAGCAACAACAGCAGCAGCAGCAGCAGCAACAACAGCAGCAACAACAGCAGCAGCAGCUGAUACCGAACCAACAGGCGCCUCAGGCACAGCAGCAGCAGAACCAAAGCCAACAGUCCACUCAUGUUCAGUGUCAACAGCCUCAGCCUACACAACAGACCCAAUCAACAGUAGCCACAGCAUCAGCAGCAGCAUCCCCUCCACAGAAACCAAACCAGUCCCCAGGUCAUGGAUUGCCUUCUACUAUCCCAUCAGGAACCCCUUUACAGCUCAAUCCAUUGGCCAGUCAGGCAGCAGCUGCUGCUGCAGCAGCCGCAAUGGGAUCGAUUGCUGGUUCCCAGGCAUUUGGUAAUGCUUUGUCCAGCCUUCAGGGUGUCACAGGACAGCUGGUUACUAAUGCGCAAGGCCAGAUCAUUGGGACAAUUCCACUGAUGCCUAACUCCACAGUGCCAUCUAACCAGACGGGAAGUGGAGCUCAGGGUCUUCAAGUUCAGCCAAUCACUCCUCAGCUCCUGACAAAUGCUCAAGGCCAGAUCAUAGCCACGGUUAUUGGCAACCAAAUCCUACCAGUCAUUAACACGCAGGGAAUAACAUUAUCACCAAUCAAACCAGGCCAACAGAUGCAGCAGCACCAGCAGGCACAGAUAGGCCCAGCAUCAUCUCAGGCCAGUCUCCUUCACUUGCCUCACAGUCAAGCCUCAAUGUCUCAGAGUCCUGUUCGCCAAGCUUCCUCAUCCUCGUCUACAUCAUCUUCUUCAUCAGCACUCAGCGUGGGACAGCUGGUUAGCAAUCCCCAGACAGCCCCUAGUGAAGUUGAUGGGGUGAACCUGGAAGAAAUUCGGGAAUUUGCCAAAGCAUUUAAAAUUCGUCGUCUGUCCCUUGGCUUGACUCAGACCCAAGUGGGGCAGGCUCUCAGUGCCACUGAGGGUCCUGCAUACAGCCAAUCUGCUAUCUGCAGACACACCAUCCUGAGAAGCCACUUUUUUCUACCACAGGAAGCUCAAGAGAACACUAUAGCUAGCAGUUUGACAGCCAAACUGAACCCUGGCCUUUUAUAUCCUGCCAGGUUCGAGAAGCUGGACAUCACCCCAAAAAGCGCCCAGAAGAUAAAGCCAGUUCUUGAGCGAUGGAUGGCAGAGGCAGAGGCCCGCCACCGCUCCGGAAUGCAGAACCUCACAGAAUUUAUCGGCAGUGAGCCCUCUAAAAAGCGCAAGAGACGGACAUCGUUCACUCCCCAGGCCCUGGAAAUACUGAAUGCUCAUUUUGAGAAGAACACACAUCCUUCAGGCCAGGAAAUGACAGAAAUUGCAGAAAAACUAAAUUAUGACCGAGAGGUUGUCCGUGUCUGGUUUUGCAACAAGAGACAGGCACUAAAAAAUACAAUAAAACGUUUGAAACAACAUGAGCCCGGAACUGCAGUGUCGAUGGAGCCUUUGACGGACCCUUUGGAUGAGCAUUCCUAA